GAAUAAUAUACACACUUUCCACAGCGCUUCUUCGGAUGAGAGUUUCUCGUAUUUACAUAAAUAUCUGAAUUCAAAAAUCAAGGUGUGACGUGGCUGUGAUAAUAUUUGCACUCAUAUCGAGCUGUUUUCCGAUAAGCUCGCUUCGGUUUUUCUGACUGAAAUUCUCCAGGACUGAACAAAACUCUUUUUUGGCCAUGGCUGAGACGGCAGCGGCCCCCGCUUCCAAGCCCAAGAAGUCGAAAAACGCCAAGAAAUCGACGUCGCAUCCCAAAUACUCCGACAUGAUCAAAGCGGCCAUCGCCGCGGACCGGAGCCGAGGAGGCGCGUCGCGUCAGUCCAUUCAGAAGUACGUGAAAAAUCACUACAAGGUGGGAGAUAACGCCGACUCCCAGAUCAAACUCGCCCUCAAGCGCCUGGUGGCCAGCGGGCUCCUGCGUCACACCAAGGGCAUCGGAGCUUCGGGCUCCUUCAAGCUGGCCAAAGCGGAGGACGCCAAGAAGCCCGAGAAACCCAAACCGGCGCCGGUGAAAGUCAAGAAGCCAGCCAAAGCCGUCGCCAAACCCAAGAAAGCUCCCAAGCCCAAGAAAGUGGCGAAAUCCCCCACGAAGACCAAGAAAGCCGCGGAGAAAAAAGUGAAGAAGUCGGCCGAGAAGAAGAAGUCGCCCGUCAAAGCCAAGAAAGUUGCCAAGAAGGCGAAGGUGGCCAAACCGGCCAAGGCGAGCAAAGCGAAGAAGAUGAAAACGGCGAAACCCAAACCGAAAACAGCGGCCAGGAAAACGGGCAAAAAGAAGUAAACAAAUUCCAUUCCGCCGGACAGACUUUUACAGAACUCAGUGUAAAGACACUUUUUGAAGCAACUGUUUUUUUUGGGGGGUAUAUUUUAUUUUUGUAAAGUCUUUGUGCGCGGACUUUUUCAGAAACUUUUUUUGUGCACAAUUGUCAAUCUACAAAGAAGAAGAUUCCAAGAUAUUUUCAUUUGAAACGCAUAAGCAGUUAUUUAUUUUUUAUUUUCCUGUCGAACAUUUUUUUUGUGUUGUACCCAUACUAAUUGGGAUAUGUCGCAACAUUAAGAUGUUAAGAAAUAUUCUUAGGUUAUUCGAGGACUGUGAAAGAAAAACAUCUCAUUGUUUAUAUGGAGAACGGUGCUGACGAUGAUGAUGUACAAAACCGAACCAACUUAGUGACGUGGACUGUUUGUAGUCUAGUCUGUCAUGUUCCUUUACUGUCCAAUAAUACUGUCAUCGCGUAAUAUUUCGCAUCAAUAAACUUCUCAUUUUACAAACCAAA